UCUUGAGGGCGCAAUUUGUAUGAACGUUUGACGUGGACGAAUUAUCGAUUACGGAUUAAGUGCUGUCGAUACAUCCCAUGUCACUGACACUGAUUUACUUUCAAGUCUUCUUUUUUAGCAUGUUUUGAGCAAAAUAUGUCUGUUCGUGUUGUCUAGUAGUGUCAGGUCUUGGUCACCAUGGGCAAGAAAGAUGCACAGAGAUGUCAGCUACCAGUAGAUCAGUAUCGUAAAAACAUCGGGAAGCAGGACUAUAAGAGGAGCAAGAAAGAUCUGAUCAAGUCCAAGCGAGAGGCAGACCUCAGGAAGACUAGCACUGGCUUCCAGGAUUUCAUGCUUGUCGUGCUUGCUGUGUGUGGAGUGGUGUGCCUUAUCUACAUGUUCUUCUACCUGCAGAUGCCUUCAAAAACAUGACAGAAAUUCAAAGUUGUGUUUUGCCAAAUAACGUGCAUUGGUAGAGUGUUAAUAUACAGUACCAUGUCAUGCUUUUGGGACAGAGAGAGCCUUCUGAAAAUCCAACAUCCAAGUGCCUUAGUAAGGUCUGUAAUUAAAAUGUAUUGGUGAAUGUAAGGGUUCUCAAUGCAAUAUGCUGGAAAUCAUCUACUGUUCUAUGUACAACUGUAAUUAUAAUGGAACCAGUAGCGAUGUCAAUGAGCGAUGUACAUGUAGUGAUAUCCUGAGCGAUGAACAGUCAGUCAGUGAGAGGCAUGUAUCCGUUAUGUGACUAUAGGCUUUAGCCACGUUGCAGAGGUGUUGCUAGCGGGAGAACAAGCCUUGCCUGAAAUAUUCAGGGUUUCCAGAAAUCAAAAUUUGAGAGGUAAAUACACACAAAGUUACAGAUUUAAAUAUUAGCCUCCAAUUCAUGCAGAAAGAAAAACAAAUCCAGAAAGAAUUAGCAAACUUCCGUCUUGUGCCUUCCGCCCAGUGGUUUUCAUUUAUUAGUAAGGAGUCAAGAAAGGACAGUCCUUACCAUUGACAGCAACAUUUAUUCCAAAGUUCAUAAGCAAUGGAGUUUGCUUUUUAAACUUGGUUAUAAUGUCCAUUUAUGUUUACCUGAUGUGUGUUUUGGGAAUGGAACAUGAGCAAUGUUAUUGAUUCAAAAUGUGAGAAUGUUUGGUGUCUACACAUUUUGACGUCAUUCUUUCAACAAAUGAAAGUGCACAAGGAUCUGUUAGACCUGAAUCAUUGGCAUGACUAUCCAUGCUUUGCUAAAUAUCACGUUGACCUUCGACACUCAACUUUUAUCAUUUGUAAGGAGUAGGCCUACAGUGCCUGUGUUGGUAUAGUCCGUAGGAGAAAUUAUUACCUUGUACUUAAAUUGUAAGUUGCUAUGAAGUCUAUACAUGUAUUUGGGCCCAGAUUUACUUAAAUUACUUCAUGUGAUGAACCUUGAUUCAUGCAAAUGACUUACUUGCAAUACAGAGAAAUAUAUCUUUUAUUACUUUUGUCCAUGUAUUUUUCAAUAUUUUCGAAAAGUUUUUGAAAUUUCCAAGUUGUGAAAAAAAGAUGUGUAGAUACUACAUGAAAUUGAUAACAAAGUUGUCGAUCUGGUUAAAAAUUUCCAAUGUUAUUUGUAAUUAAAAUUUUCCAUUAAACAAACUGCUGCCAUAAAUGUCUUCAAA